AUGUGGAUCACUCAUCAACCAUUGGUUUUCAUCAACCUGAAACGGGUGAAAAUGGCAGUCGAGAGGGAGAGAAAAUGGCAAUUCUCUGAAUAUACACUCAAGCUUCUGAUCGACACAAAGGGGAAAAAGGUCCUAUUUGCCGAAGUAGGAAAAGACUUUAUCGAUUUCCUCUUCUCUAUUCUAGCUAUGCCUAUUGGGACUAUCAUAAGGCUCUUCUCCACCAAUGAUAUCGAUAUGGUGGGUACCUUAGGCAAGCUCUACCAAAGCUUAGAAAAUCUAAGCCAAAUUUACAUACAGUCUAAUGUCGAGAAGGACACCCUUCUCAAACCCAAGUUAUCAGUCGAAGGUGGCUCUGCAACCCUUUUCUCCUUGACCAAUAAUGAUACCAAUUCCACUGAGAAAAAGCUAUACUAUUGUAGCUACUGUUCUACUACUUAUGGAAGGGAUGACCCAAGAGGCAAUUGCCAUAGAUGCAACUGUUCGAUGAGGGAGUUGACCUAUGCUCCAGCUCCCAAAGUGGGAUCAACAUCAUCAUCUGAGGCUGAGCUAGUAGGUGGUUUCGUUAAAGGAGUGGUUACUUAUAUGAUUAUGGACGAUCUUGAGGUGAAGCCCAUGUCUACUAUUUCAUGCAUUGCUUUACUUAAUACCUUCAGAGUCACUGAGGUUGGUGCUCUUGAGGAAAAGACAGUUUCAGUGGGCAUUGAUGAGGGAUUGAGUUUGUUGAAGGCAUCUCUGUGA